GAACUUGAGUCUGCAGAAUAGCCUCGAGAAGCCACUGCCUGAGCCACCGGCCGCCACCUUAAGCCCACUGACUCCGACACAGUCAGGCAGAGAAAGUCGAAAGGGAAGCCUGAGCUCUAUACUCGAUUUUGGACGAGAUAGAGACGUCCGGCAGGGAAGUUUGAGCUCCAUUGUUGAUAUCGAAGAAUCCGAAGUCGAGCCCGACAUGGAUAGCCGAACGAGCACAAUGGACUCCAAGUCCUCUGUGCCCCCGAACCAAGGGAGUCAGAUGUACAGCGGGGGCUUUGAUAUGAGCAGCAGUCAAAGCAGCAUAGCAAGCUCUUCGAGAGAUGGAGGCGAAGCUCAACAGAGAGACAACCUAACACCACGAAGCAAUGGGCUGGCAUCUGCAGGGCCUUCGCCUCCAGGCGCGGCGGCUGCCGCUGCUGCUUCUUCGUCGAGCCGAACUCCUGCCAUCGGCCAGCCUGUAGGCACACCCUCCACAUCUGGGUCCUCUGCGCAUCUGUCCGGCUUGAUGUGUAAUGUUCACCGCACAACUGGACGGGAACCGCGUCCUCUCGUUGGAGCCACAACAACCAUACUCGGCGAUAAACUCUACGUCUUUGGCGGCAGGAUACUGUCUAGAAGCCGGCCUGCCCCGCUGACCUCGGAUUUGUACGAGCUGGACCUGAUCAGGCGACACUGGACCAAAUUGGAGACCUCGGGAGAUGUCCCACCCCCAAGAUAUUUCCACUCCAUGUGCGCAUUGGGGGACACCAAGAUGGUUUGUUACGGAGGCAUGUCUCCCAGCCCGAAUCAAACGGCACCAUCGACCCCCGAUCAGCAACCCGAGGUUACGGUUAUGUCCGACAUACACAUCUACGAUGUUACGUCCAGGAAAUGGACCUACAUCCCCACUCAGGAAGCACCACAGGGGCGAUAUGCUCACUGCGCUACGAUCACCCCGUCUUCGGCUACGUUUUCAUCUAAUAAGGCACCCUUGUCUGCGCUCCAGCACAAUCCGUCCGGCGGGAAUCCCAACGAGGGCCGAAUUGGUAUCAACAUUGACGGAACUGGUGGUGCUGACAUGUUGGUCGUUGGUGGUCAGGAUGGGGCUAAUCACUACAUCGAGCAAAUUAGCGUUUUCAACCUGCGAAGUCUGAAGUGGACGUCAACGCAAUCACUUGGCAAGUCUUGUGGUGCGUACCGCAGUGUCGUCGCCCCGUUACCCCCUUCCGUCACAGCAAAGAUGGGCAAGGUCAAUGGCACUGGUUCCCGCCAAGAGAGCAACAUUAGUCAAGAGGCUAGGGAGCCCGGCUCUUCAAUGCUGAUUUACUCGAACUACAACUUCCUGGAUGUUAAGCUAGAGUUGCAAAUUCGUGGCCCGGACGGAUCUCUGGUGGAGAAGCCAAUGUCUGGCGCGUAUUCACCACCCGGUCUGCGCUUCCCCAACGGCGGCGUUAUCGACAGGUACUUUGUCGUCAGUGGAACCUAUCUUACGAGUUCUAAGCAAGAAUAUGCGCUUUGGGCCCUUGACCUCAAGAACCUGACGUGGGCACGAAUUGAUGCGGGCGGUAGCAUAUUCAGCCAAGGAAGCUGGAAUAGAGGCGUUCUUUGGAACCGCAGAAAUACCUUUGUCAUCCUAGGCAAUCGUAAGAGAAGUCUCGUCGAUGAUUACAACCAUCGGCGAAUCAACUUCUCCAACGUCUGUAUGGUUGAACUCGAAGCGUUUGGUUUCUAUGAUAGCCCAAGAAGGGUAACUCCUAUGUCGGGCUUUGCAUCAGCUAGUAGCCCCUACAAUAUGCCGGGUCUCAGCAUUGCACGAAAGGCAGGGUGGACGGGUGGAGGCAGAUUUCACUCUCGUGCAGCUGAAGAACUUGGUGAAAAGGCUUUAGCCCUCCGUGAGCUGGCCGAUAUGGAUAUUCUCUGUAUUGGAGGUGAACGCAUACCCAUCAACUCCCGAAUUGUCGGUCGAAGAUGGGGCCCUUACUUCGUGCAACUGCUACGCGAAGGAGCCGCCACCCAAGAUGGAAGCGACUCGGCAACUUUAAGGACGAUCACAUCAGGUGGUCCCGGUGGGAAUGCCCGGAUGUCUGUUAUGACUAUCACGCCUGCACAGGGCAACCGAAAUACGACUGAUACGUUGUCUAUGGUCUCAAGUUUUGGGAACUCGUCUUUGGGCUCCAUGAAACCACCGAGCACGGCAGCAACGUCGGUAUCUGGCGGUACUGAUUUUACCACGAUCAACUCGGCACCAACACCCGCCUCUCUUCCUCCUAACAUUCGGCCGAGGUGUCUGUAUCUACCUCACACCUACCUUACAAUACAGGCUUUGUUGCAUUUUCUCUACACAUCUGCACUCCCGUCGCCUCAAUCCCCGCUAUGUACUCCGCAAAUACUAUGCUCGCUGCUGCAAAUUGCUCGACCUUACAAGGUGGACGGGCUCUUAGAGGCUGUCGUGGAGAGAUUGCACGCACUGCUUGACUCUAGGAAUGCGGCGGCCGUGUUCAAUGCAACAGCGAUGGCUGCCGGCGGCGGAAGAGGCAUUGACGGCACAUUGAAUCCAAACUUCUUCGCACCUCCGGACUCAUCUUUGUCCAGUAAUGGCCUGGAAAGCCGUAAUGGAUCCAUCUCGCAGGCUAGCAUGGAUGAGACGAAUAGCAGUCUCGGCGGGCUACGCCUCAAUACUGGCGUACCCCCUGCGCGGCCUGGCAGCGCAGAGCUUAGCGCCACAACCAGUGCCAGCGGCAGUGAGUGGAGCAGCGAACUUGGCGACAGCGAGCGUGGCACCACCAAGGAAGUCUGGAGCGGUGAGCUCAGCAGCGUUAUUGGCCUGCAAAAGCGAGGAUUGCGCGGACUUAUGGAAGGCCGACGCAUGCGUGCGAAUGUGGAUCGCAAUCGGGAGACGGAUGGCCCUCGAGCUGACCGAUACGGACAAAGGGUUGGUCUCGGCAUUGCUGGUUCAUAGGAUGGCAACAAGCAUGUUUUAGAGUUCGCCGACGAAUUGAAAGAGAUGUCUGAUCGGCAGCAAGCUUGGCAACAAGCAAUGAUGAAGUUGGAGGGACGCGACGUCACUUGCAUAUUCGGCCAGAUGGAUGAGGAUCAGGAUGUUUCUCUUUCAGGUCCUGAUGAUACACCCACAAGGAAGCCAAAGAGGGCACGUUUACAACGGCUUUUAUCGAGAAAGCAACACUAGAGGGGAGAAUCACUAGUCAUAUUGAGACCCA